UUCUCAAAAUCAACGUUGUGUAUCCAUCUGCUUUGUGAUCGAUUUCCGUCGGUUUAAGUCCACAUGUUUUCUGCUGACGGGAAUGAACCAUGGAUAUGCCAUCUAUGUAUGGAGAGACGGUUAUGACCCAACGAUACCCGGAUGUAGCCAAAGUGACUUUCUGAACUGGGAUAAACAUUCAAAAUGCUUUACACAUACUUGGGACACUCACAGCAGACGACAAUGGCUGUGGAACACAUGUAAGGUUCAGGGCAGAGAAAUUCGAAAGAUAUUUCUUGCGGACGUUCAUCAUAAAUUACGAGAUGGGUUUAAUGCCAAAUCGUGCGGAAUACCUGGAAUUCAAUUGAUAAAACAAACAUUAAGUGAAGGUCAUUCAACAGUACCGGGACUCCAGAUAUAUGCACUAUUUGCUGUUAGUGAUAUUGACGUUUCAGAAAAGGAUUUGAUAAAGAACGUUGUCUGGUACAACGAUCAUUGCGCAGCUGCAAAUGAGAAGUUUGAUGGAGUUGCAGUCAACAAUGAAGCAUAUGCAUCGAUAAAAUGUCACAGUGGACAGUCAGAACAAACACGGUACCUACAAAACCUAAACAUGAUUAAAACGGAAGCCAGGAAACAAGUUCAUGGUCAUUUACUUACUCAUUACUCCGUCAGCUGGCACUGGGGACGCUGUGGUAGUACACAAAAACUGAUUACGUACAACGGAAAAACACAAGAUGCAGUCAGACACUUGAUUGACAUUUUCGAUAGUUUCGAUGUGCAGGUUGGUUACAUCACGUUCCCUCAAAUAUCUGACCGGACUAAACUGGCAGGAUACCAGUAUGCGUUAGAUACCAGAAAGGAAGUAUUCGUCACACUCUACACCAAUAAGGGCGAUCCUUGCCAGACAACUUUCUUUCCAUCUCCUUGUAACAAAGGUAACCACACCGAGGCUGGAAUGUUUGCUGUCUUUGAUAAUUUUAAGAAUAAUGGAAUCGAGCACGCAAGUCCGUGUAUUCACUAUUUCAGAGGGAUAUAUUCCAGUGGUGGGAACCCUGAUUGGCCAAAACAUUGACAUAACAGACUGUUAACAACGGAAAUAAAACUUAAUUAUUCAUAAAGAGUUUGAUAUAAAAGUAUGUUUUCAA